AUGGAUUCUGGUAAUCCCAUACUAAUAUGUAUUGGUUUAUUAAUCAGUUUCCUCAUCACGGUUGCUUAUGUCUAUUGUGAAUGGUUGUAUGGUUAUUGGAAGCGAAAGAAUGUGCCACACAAGAAAGCAACUUCCAUCAUCUAUGGUAGUAUUAGGAAAAUAUUCAAAGGUGAAGAGAGCCAAGCAAUUUUCUUCAAGGAUAUCUAUGAAUGGAAGGAAGCUAGGUCAAAGCUAACACAAGCUCUAACAGUGAAUAAGCUCAAAUUUAUUCCUGAAAGUGUUUCCAGAAUGUAUCCAAGCAUGAAGACAUUCCUGGAUGAAACAAACGAUAACAUCGAGGCUUAUGAGUUGGGUACAAAUAUCACUAGCGGAAUGGCAGCAUCAUGGAGCUGGGGAAUAGAGGACAGUGGAUUUACAAAGACCAACUCCUAUGUGAGAGAAAUUGCACAGAAAUUUGUAAAUCAGUUUACUGGAUCUGACUUCUCUAUGCAACUUAUUCUUACCAAUCCAUGGUUUACGCCUCUCUUCAGACCCUCAAUGGUCUCUCAAGAAACUGGGUUUUUCAACGACCUCACUGCAAAGUCAUUGAAGAUGCUGAUCAGUACCGUGAAAGAUGAUGCAAUUAAAGAUCUGAGCGGAGUUGUUGCAUCCUUCUACUUCGAUGCUUACGAGACAACAGCCAGAGCAAUGAGCUUCAUGUUUUAUUCUCUUGCCCAGUAUCCAGACGUACAAAGUAGGCUGAGAGAAGAAGUGAAGAAACUUUCCAAAGAGCAAAUAACCCUGGAGGAGGUUCAAAAGUUGCCAUAUCUGGAUAUGGUUUUUUCAGAGGUGUUGAGGAUGUAUCCUCCAGCAACGUUUUUGAGAAAGAAGUGUACUCAAGAUUGUGAACUUAGUGGAGUGAAAGUAGAGGCUGGAAUUCACAUUGUUUUGCCGAUUUUGGCGCUGCACAUGGAUGGUGACAUCUACGCUGAUCCCGAAAAGUUUGACCCUGAAAGAUUCUCCGAGGAAAACAAGAACGAUCGCCAUCCUUAUGCGUACAUCCCAUUUGGCUCUGGACCUCGCAUGUGUCCUGGAAAGUCUGAGUACGAAUGA